AUGUUUCCCAAAAGAAAAGUCAAUGUUCAAAGAAAUCAAGAUGUAAAUCAUCAAAAGGAACAUAACAAUGGCCACAAACUGCUGUCACAAGUUUUGAUAGAGAAGAUCAGAGACUAUGUCGUGUUGUUUCUAGAAACGUCUACUAUACACGGCUUCAAUCAUCUCGUCAACGAUAGAAGACAUCCAUGUGAAGUCAUCCUGUGGCUGAUAGUGGUGAUGAUAUCUCUGUACGGCACGAUAUCCAUCUCGUGGAUGACGUGGACGCGCUACCAGUCCUCGCCCACGGUCAUCUCCAUAGACCGCAACAUGUACGCGUGGAACACCACCUUCCCCAGCACCAGCAUCUGCCCUGAAGAGAAGGUGGAUCUUGAGAAACUGGAGCUCUAUUUGAACACUUCAACGGUAGAAGACAAAGAGAAACUCAAAACAUUCAUCACGGCGUUGGCGAAUGCUACUUUCGAAAACUUCGAUGCGCUCCCUGACUACAAGGAUAUAGAAGCGCGAGAUUAUCUGGAAACGCUACUCAGUUUGACCCCACCGUUCAAGCCGACCGUCUCCAUCGGCGCAGCGGGUGUGGGGUUUGGGAAAAUGGUGCCGACUAUCACUGAGAUGGGACUGUGCUAUGCUACAAAUUCCAAGAUAGCGAUCUAUAACUCUCCUGAGUACAGAAAAGCAAAUAGAUGGGAUGUCAUACAAAACAAAUCCUCAUCAUAUUUUGUUCAUCCACUAGACGGCGAAGUGUUUGCUCAGAUCUUAAAUAUUUCCUCGUACAGAGUGUACAUCCACAGUCCGCUCGAGGUGCCCGACGUCGCCUCCAAGUACCAUCAUUCGCCUUCGUACUUCUACAUGAAGAUUUUCGUCACCGCCACUACUGUUUAUACUUCUGAUGAAGCCGCUGGCCUCAGCGUAGCUCAACGCCGCUGCCGCUUCAGCCACGAAAACAACCUGAAGCACAACUCCGUGUACUCGUACACCAUGUGUCGGAUCGAGUGCAGGAUCCGCCUCUGUCUGCAGUACUGCCAGUGCAUCCCGCACUUUUACAGGAGGAUUGGUGACGAAAAGAUAUGCGACGUAAAAGGAUUACACUGCUUGGCUCGUUAUAAAGAUAUACUAAUAAAUUUGAUGCACAAAGGUGGCAAGAAAGUAGACUGCGAAUGUUUCCCCAUAUGUCAUAACGUGCACUAUUCUGUUCAAUCAUAUGCUUUGCAGAGCUGGAUCUUAGGCACCAAUUUCCAGUGGGGUAUCAGCACAUACCCCAGGAUGAAGUACCGACGGGACAUCAUCUUCGGCUUCACUGAUGUUUUAGUGGCGGUGGGCGGCAUGGCGGGGCUCUUCCUGGGGUGCAGCGUGCUUAGCUUCAUGGAGAUCCUUUACUUCAUGACGCUGAGGCUUAUCUCCUACACCAAAACUACAAAUAAAUAAACUAAAAUAAAAUAUAAUUAGCAAUGCUAAGAGUAAGAUGUAAAAUGCCCAUUCGGUGUU